CCACUCACCAUGGCGCUGGGCCUAGAGCAGGCCGAGGAGCAGCGGUUGUACCAGCAGACGCUCCUGCAGGACGGGCUCAAGGACAUGUUGGACCAUGGCAAGUUCCUCGACUGUGUGGUGUGGGCGGGUGAGCGGGAGUUCCCAUGCCACCGCUUGGUGCUGGCCGCCUGCAGCCCCUACUUCCGCGCGCGCUUCCUGGCCGAGCCAGAGAGCGCUGGAGAGCUGCGCCUGGAGGAGGUGUCCCCCGACGUGAUGGGCCAGGUGCUGCACUACCUGUACACGUCGGAGAUUGCGCUGGACGAGGCGAGCGUGCAGGAAUUGUUCGCCGCGGCGCACCGCUUCCAGAUCCCGUCCAUCUUCACCAUCUGUGUGUCCUUCCUGCAGAAGCGCCUCUGCCUCGCUAACUGCCUCGCGGUCUUCCGCCUGGGCCUCAUGCUGGACUGUGCGCGCCUGGCGGUGGCCGCCCGCGACUUCAUCUGCGCACGCUUCACGCUGGUGGCGCGCGACUCCGACUUCCUCGGGUUGUCUGCCGACGAGCUUAUCGCCAUCAUCUCCAGCGACGGCCUCAAUGUGGAAAAGGAGGAGGCCGUGUUCGAGGCUGUGAUGCGGUGGGCGAGCAGCGGCGACGCCGAGGCCCAGGCUGAGCGCCAGCGCUCGCUACCCACCGUCUUCGAGAGCGUGCGCUGCCGCCUGCUGCCGCGAGCCUUCCUGGAGAGCCGCGUGGAGCGCCACCCGCUGGUGCGCGCCCAGCCCGAGCUGCUGCGAAAGGUGCAGAUGGUGAAGGAUGCGCACGAGGGCCGCCUCACAGUGCUGCGCAAGAAGAAGAAGGAAAAGCAGGCUGCCGGGGACAAGGCGGCGGACAAGGGCAGAGCCGAGGCUGAGGCCAAGGAGGAGGCCGAGGAGGAGGCUGAACGCGUCCUGCCCGGGAUCCUCAAUGACACCCUGCGCUUCGGCAUGUUCCUGCAGGACCUCAUCUUCAUGAUCAGUGAGGAGGGUGCCGUGGCCUACGACCCUGCUGCCAACGAGUGCUACUGUGCUUCCCUCUCCACUCAGAUCCCCAAGAACCAUGUCAGCCUUGUCACCAAGGAGAACCAGGUCUUCGUGGCAGGGGGCCUCUUCUACAACGAGGACAACAAGGAGGACCCCAUGAGCGCUUACUUCCUGCAGUUUGACCACCUGGAUUCAGAGUGGCUGGGGAUGCCGCCGCUGCCCUCGCCGCGCUGCCUCUUCGGCCUGGGAGAAGCUCUCAACUCCAUCUACGUGGUCGGCGGCCGAGAGCUGAAGGACGGCGAGCGCAGCCUGGAUUCGGUCAUGUGCUACGACAGGCUGUCUUUCAAAUGGGGCGAGUCGGAUCCGCUGCCUUAUUCCGUGUACGGCCACGCGGUGCUCUCCCAUCUGGACCUGGUCUACGUUAUUGGCGGCAAAGGCAGCGACAGGAAGUGCCUGAACAAGAUGUGCGUCUAUGACCCCCAGAAGUUCGAGUGGAAGGAGCUGGCUCCCAUGCAGACAGCCCGCUCCCUCUUUGGGGCCACAAUCCAUGACGGCCGCAUUUUUGUGGCGGCCGGGGUCACCGACACUGGGCUGACCAGUUCGGCGGAGGUGUACAACAUCGCGGACAACAAGUGGGCACCCUUUGAGGCCUUUCCACAGGAGCGUAGCUCGCUCAGCCUGGUCAGCCUGGUGGGCACCCUCUAUGCCAUAGGCGGCUUUGCCACCCUGGAGACUGAGUCUGGGGAGCUGGUUCCCACUGAGCUCAAUGACAUCUGGAGGUACAACGAGGAUGAGAAGAAGUGGGAGGGAGUCCUGCGGGAGAUUGCCUACGCGGCCGGUGCCACCUUCCUCCCUGUGCGGCUCAACGUGCUGCGCCUGACCAAGAUGUGACCGGCCCAGGGGAUCUAAACGAAGCAGCCCUCCUACUCUGUGGCCCCUAUGGGCCUGGCCUCUCAGGGGCUCCAGGGAAGAGGCUAGGAGAGGCCAGAGCCCACCUAGAUCCCGUCCUGAUGUCUGAAGGGCCAUCUUGACCAGGGAAGGGAAAUUGCUGCCUGCUCGCAGCCUUUGGAGCAGGGAUGAGACCUGAGGCCUCUCCAGCAUCUCCAUCCCCUGACCAGGUCUCCUUAGUCCAUGAUCCAGAACCACAGGGCCCUGCCCCCACCUGGCUGUGUGUGCUGGGUGAAUUUCCCCACAGAACUCCAUCUGCUCGCCUGUCUGAUGGGGAGUGUCCCCAUGAGGUACACCUUGAAGUGUGGCUAAGUCUCCUUUAAGAAGAAUAAAGUGCCUUCUGAGCAAGCAGCUCAGGGUCUGGAGUUAGGUACUUCAAGAGUCAGUGAGCAGGUGGUUUGGAGAUUCCGAGCUUCAGUGUUCAUCAGUUGGGCUGCCAAGGUUGGUGGUCUCUCGCCUCUACCCCCCGUGUCCUCCAAGAGCUCGACCCCCUCCCCGAGGCCCAGAACCUCCAGCUCUUUAGCCAGCAUGCACAGGGAGACAGGACACUGUUGCGGGAGGGGGCAGGGAACAGCCAGACUCUGGUAGGAAAGUGUUUUAUUCAUUUGGUCAGGCCCCAGCUAGCCCAUUGUGGGCCAGGAGCCCAGCAACAGCCCAGCGGAGCUCUUCCCUCUCCCUACUCCCACCUACUCCGCUUUCUCCUUGUCCUGCUUCUGCUCUUCCUCCAGGGCCAGGGUUCGCUCACGCUCCUUCACCAGCUGGACACCACAGUAGGUGACACAUAGGAUGGCCAGUGUGGUCCGGGGGAACCCUGUUGGGCGGGGAGAGGCAUUGACACCCAGGGGCAGCAGCACCUCCUCAGUGACAGUUCUCUUCCCCUCCCUCUCCCCACUUGGGCCUCCCUGCUGAGUCCCUGGGGUUGGAGCAGGGUGGGGCUGGGGGACAUUUCAGAAGUCUUCGAGGGUGAUGCCUCAGACAUUCUGCAUCCCCUCACCUGUGAGCAGCAGGCGCCGGGCGACCAGCUCUGUGAACUCGACACUGUUCAGACUCACAAGGUUGUACAUGAUGAUGGCCCAGAAGUUCAUGGCCCCAAAGAGAGCCCGGACCCUGCGGGACAUCUGCUCCGACAGAGAGGCCUGCCCGGUUCACGGAAGCAUCAGCAGUGAGGCAAGACGCCCGGAGGAAAGAGGACGUUGGUAGUCAGUGGCCUUACCUACAUGGCCACCCGGGUCCCAGGGAUAUGCCUGAGGCUCUGGGAGUCCCAGGCUGGCUCUCUCUCUUUGUUAUAGAUGGGGAAACUGAGGUCCCGAGAGAGCAGGACCUGACCAACACAGCCGGCCUGUGUGCACCACACCCCCCAGUUGUCCUUGUUCAGGUCCCCCCAGUUGUCCUUGUUCUGGAAAGUGGCCCAGAGAUGGAGAAGACAGGCAGAGGGUAAGGAGGGCCACAUACCCACAGGAUGAGCCACUGCCCUGACAACCAGGAGGGUGAAAGUUCUGGACCAGAGACCAAAUGUGGCUGGAUGACUCCAGAGAGCAACAGUGCUGCCCCUCCAGUGACUCAGCCAACCCAGCCCCAGACUGUCGCUGCUCACCUCGAUGUGUGCUAGGGGUCCCCACUCUGCCAUCUUUUGCACCCAGAGCUCAAAGUUGAGGCCAAAGCAGUUAAGGAAUGACCACAGAUAGACAAUCUCACAAGGCCCCAGCCACAGAGUGGUGAUGGCAAAUGUGGCCAUGGUGGCCACCAGCUCUGCGAUGACUGCAGAGUGCUCCCCACCAAUGUGGUCAUAGACGUACCUGAGGAAAGAUGGGAAAAGGAGGCAAUGGAAGUGUGGGAAAGGGUGGGUAAGAGAUGGGCAGAAGAUGUGCAACAGGGGCAGCCCUCCUCAACUCUGUCACCUCGGUACAUUCAACAUUCCUCGCCUCUGGUGACUGCCCCUCCUCCUGCGCCCAACUUCAAAAUGUGAGGAGCUCAGAUCUUCUCCAGCUAUGCUCAUUCACUCCCCAAGUGACCUCAUCCAGACCCAAGGUUUCAAAUACUAUCUCUAUGCUGAUGACCCCCAGAUCUGUGUCUUCAGUCCAGAUCCUUUCCUGACUUGUAUAUCCGACUGCUACUAGACGUCUCCGCUUGGAUGCCUGGGUGACUGAUUCCCUCAAAUGUGCUUCAUCCCCAUCUCAGUUAAUGGCACCACCACCCAUCUUUUGCUCCAGCCAGAAACCUUCACCCCAUCUUGGAUUCUCAAUUUCCCUCAGGACCUGCCAGUAUUGGCUGUUGGCUCCACUCAGUCCUGACCACUGCUCACCACCUCCACUAUCACUGCCCUAGUCUGGGCAACCAUCACCUCUCACAUAGACUAUUGCAAGAGCCCCUUAAGUGAUCUCCUUGCUUCUGCCUUUUCCCCUUCCCUAUAGUCCAUUCUCCAGCCAGAAGCAUCUUCUAGUAAUGGAACUCAGAUCAUAUGACUUCCAUGUUUAAAUCCUGCCAUAGCUUCCCACUGCAAUGAGAGUAAACUCAGCCUCCUUUCUGUGGCCAGCAGAUCCUGCGUAGUCUGGCUCCUGCCUCCCUUCCUGACCUCAUCACCCACCAUUCUCCCUCCCAUUCACUACGCUCUGGCCUUACUGGCCUUACUGGUCUUUGCCCCAGUCUCACAGCUGGUUCCUUCCUCAAGGUGUUUGCACUUGUCCUUCCCUCUACCUUGAACUCUUCUGCAGAUCUCCUAAUCAUUCAAGUCUCAGCUCAAAUAUCACUUCUUCAGAGAGGCCUGCUCAGACCCCAACCAAAGAAGCUCCUACCCUACAGUCAACUUCUGUCCUAUCACACUGUUUUAUUUUCUUCGUAACACUUACCACUCUCUAAAAUUACCCUGUUUAUGUGUUUGUUUACUUGUUUAUGGUCUGUUCCUCCCCACUAGACUGUAAGUUCCAUGAGUUGAGGGUCUUUGUCAUGUUCACUGCUGUAUCCCCAGUGUCUAGAACAGUGCCUGGCACAUA